CUUAUCACCAUCACCCUCCAACACCAUGUAUUCCGUCGAGGUGCUACCGAACUCGUCGACCCAUCUCACGCCCGGAUGGACCUACGUGCCCGACCGGGGCUUCGAUCCCGCCAAAGCCGCCAUCACGCCCGCCAUCGGUCGGAAACGAGGCAUCCGCGACCCAGGCGGCCGCGCCGAUCUCUCGUCGCGCCAGACCAACGCCAUCGUUCGACACCUGGCCGAGCUGGAUCGGGAGAAUCAUCGGGACGUGCAUAUCCCUGUUCCGACGAAAUCGAAGGACUCGGGUAGAGGAAGCCGAGGAAAAGUAACAUCGAACGUCCGCCGCAUCUUGCAGUCUCAAAAGACCUUCCGGAAUUACCUCGACGACGAAGAAGCCGCUCUGGCGCAGGCCUCGCAUCCCUCGAACGCUCAGCGACCGUCCAUCCACGGCCAUAAUAAAGUCACGAAACCGUCGUCGUUGCGCCGGAGCUCGACGCCCGCUUCGACACACAAGGGCACAGAUGCCUCUCGGGUGAAAAACAAACAGCCGUCUGCUCGGUCGUCAGCGUCACGGACGACAUCCACAACGCCAGCUGUUCAGGGUGCUGCGGACGAGAAAGCCCAACAACAACAACAACCCCAGAACUCCGAAGCCCCCGGAGAAGGCGCCAGCAAAAAAGACGGAGAAGAGCCCACCCCCUCAGGCGCAGAAGAACAAGACCCAGAAAACAAAACUCGCCUCAUCGAAUCCCCGCACGACAACGACCCUCUGUUACGAUCAUACAUCCCCUCCGCGCCCUCCGAGCGCAUCAUGCAGGCCCUCCUCGCCGAGCCGCCAUUAACGUAUAACGCGUCGCGAGCGGGCCCGCCGCUGGGCGUGAAACCGCCGCGCCAUUUCUGCUGCAUGUGCGGGUACUGGGGCAAGAUCCGGUGCAAGAACUGCCAUCUGAGGACCUGCGGGCUGGAUUGUUACAAGGUGCAUGAGGAUUCGAGGUGUGGGGCUUUCUUUUGAUCGGGCGUGCGGUUCCGAGAGCCUGUCUAUCUUGGAUCGAAGGCGACGUGCGGUGCUAUGUACAAGCUUGCUUGCGUUUCAGUUAAAACUUUUCAUAUACCCCUACUUAGCAUUCAUUACAGAUAAUCAAUAGCAUAGCAUAGCAUGUUUCUU